AGACCACACUCUACCAGUAAACACUGAGGACUUGUUUGUCUGCAACAAACGUCUGUUAUUAAGUAGUGAGCGGCUGUCCAGGCUAGGGAAGGAGCCGGGCCAGCAGAGAGUGAAGAGGUGGGGAUUUGGGAUUAAAGAGGUGUUGAAGGAUCCUCUGUCUCUCUCUAGUAAGGAGCCGGGCCAGCAGAGAGUGAAGAGUAAGGAGCCGGGCCAGCAGAGAGUGAAGAGGUGGGGAUUUGGGAUUAAUGAGGUGUUGAAGGAUCCCGUUGGGAGAGAACAGUUCCUCAAAUUCUUGGAGUCAGAGUUCAGCUCAGAGAACCUCAGGUUCUGGUUGGCGGUUCAGGAGGUGAAGAAGAGGCCGAUCCGGGAGGUCCCUACAAGGGUCCAGGAGAUUUGGCAGGAGUUCUUGGCCCCAGGGGCCCCCAGUGCCAUUAACGUUGACUCCAAGAGUUACGACAAGACCACACAGAAUGUCAAGGAUCCCGGACGAUACGCCUUCGAGGACGCACAGGAGCACAUCUACAAGCUGAUGAAGAGUGAUUCCUACAGCCGUUUCCUCCGCUCUAAUUUCUACCAGGAGCUGCUACAGGCCAAGAAAAAGAAAAGUAAGAACUUAUUCUGAGGAAUUCCACGUCCAGGUCAAAUAAUUUUGAUGGAAUCACCCUGGAACAAUGUAGUGUUUUAGCCAGGGAGAGAGAGAGGAGAAAGGACCAGAUCAUUUGGACAUUAAUACAGGUCUUGUCCGUCUCGAGGAUCCACCACUCGUCUGACGUUAAAAGGAGUUGAUUUCCGAUCGUGUCAUUUCAUUCUGUUCUGUCCCCAGCAGUACAAAAAGUAGGAUCAAGGCUUCUUGAAUUUUUUAUUUUUUUGCUGAUAGACAUUCAAGUGAACUCACAAAUGCCUUGUCCUCUAUGAACAUGCCUUUUAGCUACAUUAUCAACUGGAUCUCAUCGCUUGUGUGUGUGUCUCCAACUCCAUCACAAGAUGGGAAUAAUGUGUCAAAUAUGUAAAAAAACAAAACAAAACAUGCUAAAAAUAAAUCUGUCAAACCAGGAAACAUCUUCUUCCUAGGAACAUCCUAGGUCUAUUGGAUUAUUAUUAUUAUUAUUAUUAUUAUAUAUUAUAUUAUUAUAUUAUUAUUAUUAUUUUAUUAUUAUUGUUAUUAUAUUAUUAUUAUAUUAUUUUAUAUUAUUAUUAUUACUACUGCCGUUCUAAGGAAGCACGUAUUCAUUCUAAUAUAGCACAGUUGGAUUAGCCUUUUAUUGCACUAUGGAAUUUAGCAGC